AUGGAUCAGAGAAAUUUCACUAGAAUUACCACAAUCCAACUCUUAGGAUUUCAAAUCCCUGAAAAUAUAAAAUGUUUGGUGUUUUUUCUUUUCCUGAUACUUUAUUGUGUGACAAUAUGUGGAAACCUCCUGAUCAUCACACUGGUGUCCUACAGCAAAGCCCUCCAUUCCCCCAUGUACUUCUUCCUUUCUCAGCUCUCUGUAUUGGAUAUCUUUCUAAUAACGGAUAUUCUUCCUAACAUGAUCGGCACUGUUUGGGUAAACAAAACUAUCAUGACAUUUUCUGAAUGCAUCACUCAAUUUUAUUUUUUUACAGUCACAGAAUCUUCAGAAUGUUGUCUUCUGACAGUGAUGAGUUGGGACAGAUAUUUGGCCAUUUGCAAGCCAUUGCAUUAUGCUUUGAAAAUGAACUACCAGGUUUGCUGCAUUCUGGUUCUCUUAUGCUGGAUUUUAGGUAUCUUUGUAGCUUUUGUUUACAUGUUGGCUACAUCUAAAUUACAAUUUUGUGGCCCCAAUGUCAUUGAUCACUUUUUCUGUGACUUUGAUCCUAUCAUGCAACUCUCCUGCUCUGACACCACCAUUGCUCGUUUAGAGCUGACAAUUUUGGGUGUUAUUGUUGUCAUUUUCCCAUUUUUCACCAUCUUUGUAUCAUAUUCUUAUAUUAUAGUCACCAUUUUGAAAAUUCCAUCCAUUACUGGCAGACAGAAAGUUUUCUCAACAUGCAGCUCCCACCUGACUGUUGUGUCCAUUUAUUAUGGUACCCUAGUUUGUGUUUAUUUGACACCUAGGAGAGGACAGACUCAAACCCUAAAUAAGCUCUUAUCAUUACUGUACACUGUUGUCACCCCAAUGAUGAAUCCAAUUAUAUACAGCCUGAGGAACAAAGAUCUGAAAAAAGCUGCUAGAAGAUUAAUCAACCACUUACUGAAGAUUUGUUUCAGUAAAGAGUUUAAAUUUGAGUAA